AUGUCAUCAUCGUCAUCUUCAUCAUCAGCAUUGUCGGUGUCGUUGUCAGUGACGUCAUCAUCAUCAGUCAUCGUUACCGGCAUCGUUGGCAUCGUCAUCGUCACUGUCGUGACGUCAUUUGGCAAUGACGUCAUUGCCGAUGACGUCAUAGUCAUCGUCACCGUUGCCAUCAUCAUCGUCAGUGGCAAUGAGGUCAUCGGCAAUGACGUCAUCAUCAUCAAUGUCAUUAUCAUCAGCAUCGGCAUCAUCGUCAUCGUCACUGGCAAUGAGGUCAUUGUCAAUGACGUCAUCAUCACCAUCAUCGUUGUGUCCCCAUCAUCACCACCAUUGUUGUGUCCCCAUCAGCAUCAUCGUCGUCGUUGCGUCACCAUCACUGCCAUUGUUGUGUCCCCAUCACUGUUGUGUCCCCAUCGUCAUUGUUGUGUCACCAUCAUUGUUGUGUCACCAUCACCAUCUUCACCAUUGUUGUGUCACCAUCAUCAUCAUCGUCAUUGUUGUGUCGCCAUCGUCAUCAUUGAUGUCACCAUCGUUGUCGUGUCCACAUCAUUGUUGUCGUCAUCUUCAUCGUUGUUGUGUCACCAUCACCAUCUUCAUCGUGUCACCAUCAUCGUCAUUGUUGUGUCACCAUCAUUGUCAUCAUUGUGUCACCAUCGUCAUCGUUGUUGUCACCAUCGUCAUCAUCGUCUUCAUUGUGUCCCCAUCAUCGUCAUCAUUGUUGUUGUGUCACCACCACCAUCUUCAUCCUCGUUGUGUCCCCACCACUGUCAUAGUUGUGUCCCCAUCAUCAUCUUCAUCAUUGUUGUGUCCCCAUCAUCAUCGUCAUUGUUGUGUCCCCAUCACCACCAUCAUCAUCAUAGCUGUGUCCCCAUCACCACCAUCAUCUUCAUCCUCGUUGUGUCCCCACCACCAUCAUCAUCAUCAUCAUCAUCAUCAUCAUAGUUGUGUCCCCAUCACCACCAUCUUCAUCCUCAUUGUGUCCCCACCACCACCAAUCAUCAUCACCAUCAUCAUCAUCGUUGUGUCCCCACCACCAUCAUCA